ACGAUCAACAUGUCUAUUUUGAGUACAGUGCAGUCGGUGGCCAGUUGACGUUUGCCCUCUACUGUACAUCGCGGGAGCACCACCCAACUAUUCUUGUACGUAGUGAGAACAUAUCAUUUCUGGCCCAGAGGUUGGUCAGCUCAGCGAUUCUUCCAACGAUUCUACCGUGGGCUCAGCACUGUGCCUGCCGCCUUUGUGAUCAAAUCCGACAUUUUCUUAUAAGACAUACACUCAAAGGAUAACGGAAUGUCAGUGUAUUGACUCGUGUCCGAGGCCUAGCUUUUCCAAACACUCUUCUCGAAAAGAACAAAAGAAUUCAUCAUAGGCGUCUUCAUCACCAUCAUCACCAUCAUUAUCAUGAUCAUGAUCAUGAUCAUCAUCAUCUUUAUUUGAAUGGUAUGAUGGCAACUCCAUGGGCUUGGAUGGCAAUGCCAACGACUUGGAUGGUGCUACCCCUGCUACUACUCAUGCUCCAAACAAUCACUUCCUCUCAAGGGUUCACGUUGAAAGGCCAAUUUAUGGCUCAAAGUGACAAUCUGCUCAUCUUCGACUACUCUCAUAGUGCUCGAAGGCCCGGACUGUUUAUCCCGCCUUUGGCCACCACGGUGACCGCCAAGUCUGCUCAGACUGUCAAAGAGGACGGCAAAAACAAUGCUCACCAAACCGACCCCGGUGUUUCAGUCGUCCCUGGGUCAUCGAGAAGGCGACCCAAGGAUCGCUCAUCUUCAGUUACAAAGCCAGCUGGAACCGCGGUGGUUCCUGAGUCGUUUGAAGAGAAACGAGCCCGAAUCCUCAAGCGUUUCAUGAGGAUAUGAAACCGUCUACUCAAAUGUGACAAGGCAACCAAUUCAGUCAUUAUCAUUCAUUGAGAUAUCUAUUCUACGACAUAAUUUAUUGGGUCUGUCAUUCAUUAAUAUUGACCCUUGGGAAAAUAUAUCUGUUCUAUUUUUGA